UAUAUGGCAUCAGCGAUGGGCCGUUGGAUGAUGAUCGUACGGUUGAGAAGGGGAGGUUGGGGUUGUUCCGUGGUGCCCGCUGUCAUCAUCUCUAUUCCUUUUUCUUUCUCCCUCCGCCGAUUCUUACAUCAAAUCAGGGUUUAGUGUAGGCCCAGCCACGCACUCACACCACAACACAACUCACUCACUCACUGCGACGAUGAUGGAGACAGCCUUGGAGUGUUGAAGACCACAACAACAUGAAGCUGGUUCAUGCAGGGGAGAGGACCCUAUAGCAUAGUGUUGUGUUAAACUAUAACAUUUACUAUUAUAUAAAAGCACAACGCUUUUAAGGUUUGUGUUUUCUCUUUUAGGAGUUCAGCCAUCACUACCACCACCACCACUUUGAAGGAGUAUGUUUCUGUUUCCCCUCCCUUGUUUCUGUUAAAACUACUACUACUACUCGGCACUUUGCCAUGACCCUUGUUUGAGUUUAUCUGGAAUCCGAUGAUCGUUUUGUGCAUGUGUUAGGUUAGUUUCUUUCCAAAUUCAUUCUUUCAUUCUUUUAUUGUCAUUACUUACUUACUGGGUUGGGACCAUUCUUUUUUUGCAUAUACAGAUUCAUUUCUUCACAUACAUACCUACACACUGAAUUUGUAAAGAAACACACUAGAAAGCUUGACUAAAUUUGUUUGAAACAUAUUCAUCGGAUUCCUUUCUUUUUCUCUUGUUUCUCAUUCUUUGGACACAAAAUCUUGCUAACUAGAAACUUCAUCCACUGGCAUUCACUCUGCAUUUCCCCUCUUGUAAAGUUUUACUACAUACAUGUUUGAUUGUUGGGCCAGGGUCUAGCUAGUUGAGAAAACAAACACAUACAUAACAUUUUCCUACAUCCACCAUAUUAUAUAUUACAUACAUCACUUGAUCAAGCUAUUUACUAGAUACAAAAGAAAAAAGGGAAGGGAAAAAGAAGCAGGUACCAUAGCAGAAGCAGGAAGCAGCAGCAGCAGCAGCAUUGGGGAAGAGAAGGAAAACGGGGGGAUUAACCAGCAACAGAAAAAGCAAUAGAGGAUGUUGGCUGGGUGUUCUAGUUCUACAUUGUUGUCACCAAGGCAUAGAUUGAGGAGCGAACCAUCACCACAGUUUCAUCAUCAAGCUUGUCAUCUUCAGCUACCACCUUCCAUGAGCACGCAGAGAUUGGACUUGCCAGCUUGCACCUUCCCAAGGAACAACAAAGUCUCACCAAGGCCUUCUGUUGUCACCACCAACACCAACACCAACAAGCCCAUUGAAGCCAAGACAAGCUCUUAUUCUCUCAAGCAGCACAUUAGGCUUCCGCCAUUGGCAACCACACCACAAGUUAUCACAUCUGCACCACCUUCACCCUUCCUUGAAGCCAAAGAAGAGCCCUUCUGGGACAACAACAACAACAACAACAACAACAGGAGCUUGAAGAAGAGGCCAGUGGAUAAUGACGACUCUUUUGACAGCAGAGCCAAGAGGAAGAAGGGUAGCAACAGCAACAGCAACAGCACCAGCGACAAUGGCGAUUCUUCCGAUGAUUUUAUGGAAGAAGAAGGAACAGGAGAGGGUCUGAGUUUAUCUGCAAACUUCUGGUUACAGCCAUCUUCACUUCCUCCAUUCUCUCUAACAUGUUCAGGGGAGGAAGAGAGGGUGUGCUUUGUUCCAAGCGAGGUGGUUUCCGCCCCUUGGGUGGAAUCCGCAAUAACAAAGAUAACAAACCAUGGCGAGAAGGAAGGCGAGGGUGGUGGCAGCCGCUUCCCUCCGCCACAACCCUCAGCCUCCUCCAACACCUCAUCAGAGAGCCAAGGUUUAAGCCUCAGGCUGAACGAGAAUCCUGAAGUCGGAAACGGUUCAGGUAACCCUUACCAUAACCACCACCAUGAAGAAACCACCGCGGAGGAAGACGAAGAUAUCCAAGAGGAGCACCGUGGAUUCGAGCUUGUUAGUUUACUAACCGCAUGCGUUGAAGCCAUUGGAACAAAGAACAUCGCCGCAAUCAACCAUUUCAUAGCGAAAUUAGGAGAUCUUGCUUCACCAAGAGGAACAAGUUCAAUGAGCCGAAUCUGUUCUUACUUCACAGAAGCCCUAGCCAUAAGAGUGACGAGGCUAUGGCCUCACAUUUUCCACAUCACCAUCCCUCGGGAGCUCGAUCGUGUUGUGGAAGACGAAAACGGCACCGCAUUGAGGCUCUUGAACCAAAUCACACCGAUCCCUAAGUUCCUUCACUUCACAUCCAACGAGAUGCUGCUGAGAGCCUUCGAAGGCAAAGACAGAGUCCACAUCAUAGAUUUCGACAUCAAGCAAGGUCUUCAAUGGCCGAGCUUGUUCCAGAGCUUGGCUUCCAGAUCGAACCCUCCCAGCCACGUCAGAAUCACCGGCAUCGGCGAAUCCAAGCAAGAUCUGAACGAAACAGGUGACAGGCUCGCCGGUUUCGCGGAGGCGCUGAACCUUCCGUUCGAAUUCCAUGGAGUGGUGGACAGGCUGGAAGACGUGAGGCUGUGGAUGCUUCACGUGAAGGAGAACGAAACGGUUGCGGUGAACUGUGUGUUCCAGCUUCACAAGACUCUGUACGACGUAAACGGCGGAGCGUUGAGAGAUUUUUUGGGACUGAUACGAAGCACGAACCCCGCAAUGGUGGUUGUGGCGGAGCAAGAAGCAGAGCACAACGAUAUGAGGUUGGAGGCUAGGGUUUGCAACUCGUUGAAAUACUACUCAGCGUUGUUUGACUCGGUUGAGCACUGUCUUGAAGGGGAUAGCAGUGCGAGGAGGAAGAUAGAGGAGAUGUUUGGAAGGGAGAUUAGGAACAUUGUGGCUUGUGAGGGGAGUGAUAGGUUGGAGAGGCAUGAGGGUUUUGGGAAGUGGAGGAAGAUGAUGGUGGAGCAAGGAGGGUUCAGGUGCUUGGGUGUUACUGAGAGAGAAAGGGUUCAGAGCCAGUUGCUGAUGAAGAUGUACCCUUGUGACAGUUACAGUGUUAGGAAUCAUUCAAGUGAGGCUCUCAGUCUUUGUUGGAUGGACAUUCCUUUGUUCACUGUUUCAGCUUGGGCACCUCUUGAUGCUGCAGGAACCUCUUCAUCUGUUUCUCAGCCAAUUUGAUUUCAUUUCUUUGUUUCUAUACACACAAAGGGAAGGUAACAUUCUUUAAUUUCUCUAGGUAGGGGGAUCAAACACCAAACAAAUUUGUUAUUAUUAUUAUUCUUUCAUUCUUUGUUGCAGAUAACAUUUCUUUCUUUCAUUAAUUAGAUUUAUCAUUUCUCAUUCAAUUAUUUUUAUAGUCCAAUUCUUUGUAUG